GACGCAAUACCUUUUUCCUCUCUCCGAACCCCUAUAUCCGCCUGUCAUCCAUAUCGAACGACUCCCGCUCCUUACUAGCAAGUUCAAUGCCAAGGUCAAAGCUAGCACGACGAGCUGGGCCACCGGAGUCGAUCCCAAACGCGCGCGCUCGCUCGUUCUCGUUGCUCUUAUUUCUAGUCCUUCAAGUGACUUCCCAUUUCUACAAUCCAAAACAUACCGUUCUCCUCUUUGUUAUCUGGUGUACAUUUUUCCUUUCUUAUCAAAGAUUCAUCGUAAUUAGUGCCAUUAAUGUUUUUUUCUCGGAAUCAAUAUCUUUGUUCCUGACAAUCAUUUUUUUAAUUUGUGGACAUAUUUCAGUGUAAUCUUUUUUCGCCUCUUAUAGUGAUUACGUCGUUCGUUGUGCUGAUCUUGCUCUUGUAUUAAAGAUCAUGGUAUAUCUGCACCGUUUGUUUUGCUUUAGUAAUAUUUUAGGUGAUGAAUUUCGAUUGGUCCUAGAGACUAUUUAUGCAUCGUGAAGACGACUAGCCGGGCAGAGGUACUAGUUGACAUAAUUGAUCAUCCACAGAGUCUAGAGUCUCUGGAAUUCAUUGAAGUGUGUUCAGAGCCUUCUAGCGUUGAACAAAUAUCAGAACCUUCAACUUCUGAGGGGAAGAGCAAAAGGACAGCCACUGAUGAGUUGUUGCAAUUCAAAAGUGUCAAGAAGACAAGAGAACGUUAUUCAAGAAUACAUAAACUGUCCUAAAGGUGAGAGGGUUACUGUUAAUUAUUUUGGAACACAAACUAAGCCUAAGUCACCUGAAGAGCAGGGUUUGGAUGUUACACAUCAGAAUUUGCUAGUGGACAUUAUUCUCGAAAACGAACUAAAAACUUCAGAUACUGAUAUUUCUAGUAAGAGACUUCAAGAACUAGCAGCUCUAAUUCAAGAAAUUUUUCCAAAUGAGAGGCAGGUGAGGAUUGGAUCCGCAUGUUGUAUAUAG